UAAGAAAAUAAAAAUAAAAUACAUGGAAAGAUUAGCUGAUUUGAAUAAUCAAAUUACUCAAAACGAAACUUCUGAAAAGGAAUAUCUUACUGUCAUAGAUAAUAGAACAGGUAAAUCAUAUGAAGUGGCCGUAAAAUAAUCAAGAGAAGGUAGAUACAUAUAAGCCAAGGAUAUUGGAAAAAUAAAAACUGAUACUAGUGAUGUUUUAAGAGUAUAUGACCCAGCUUACAUGAAUACUAUAGUUAGUACAUCAAAAAUUAGUUAUAUUGAUGGAGACAAAGGAAUAUUAGAAUAUCGUGGAAUUCCAAUUGAAUAAUUAGCUGAGAAAUCUAACUUUUUAGAAGUAGCUUAUUUAUUAAUAUUCGGAGACUUACCAUCUAAAAACCAAUACACUGAUUGGGUAGACAAUAUCUAAAAUCAUACCAUUUAACACACUGAUGUAUAAUAGAUGAUGAAAAAUUUCAGAUAUGAUGCUCAUCCUAUGGGAAUGUUAAUAAGUACAAUAGCUGCUUUAUCGACCUUUAGACCUGAAUCUAAUCCAGCAUUAGCAGGUUAAGAAAUAUACAAAGAUUUAAAAAUAAGAAAUAAGUAAAUUUUUAGAUUAUUAGGAUAGGUACCUACGAUUGCUGCAAAUGCUUAUAGAUCGAGAAUUGGUAGAAACUUUAAUUUACCAUCUGCAGAUCUUCCUUAUGUCGAUAACUUUUUUUUCAUGAUGGACAAAUUAAAUGAAGUUAAAUAUAAACCUCAUCCCAAAUUAUCAAAAGCUCUCGAUAUUUUAUUCAUUUUACAUGCAGAACACGAAAUGAACUGUUCUACUGCUUUUGUAAGACAUUUAGCUUCUUCUGGAGUUGACAUAUAUUCAGUUAUAGCAGGAGCAUCAGGAGCAUUAUAUGGACCUAAACAUGGAGGUGCAAAUGAAGCAGUAUUAAGAAUGCUUGAAGAAAUCGGAGAUACUAAAAAUAUUCCAUCAUUUAUCGAAAAAGUAAAAUAAAGAAAAGCUUUAUUAUUUGGAUUCGGUCAUAGAGUAUAUAAAAAUUAUGAUCCUAGAGCUAAAAUAGUAAAGAAAGUAGCUCAUGAAGUGUUCGAAAUCGUUGGAAAAGAACCUUUGAUUGAACUUGCAAUGGCACUUGAAAAAGUUGCUCUUGAAGACGAAUAUUUCAUCAAAAGAAAAUUAUAUCCUAAUGUUGAUUUUUAUUCUGGAGUUAUCUACAGAGCUAUGGGAUUCCCUACUGAUAUGUUUGCUGUUUUGUUUACUAUUCCUAGAGUUGCUGGAUGGAUUGCCCAUUGGGUUGAAUAUUUAGAAGAUAAAGAGAAUAAUAUUGUUAGGCCUAGAUAAAAUUAUAGUGGAUAUCCUAAAAGAAAUUACGUGCCUUUGGAACAAAGAAUCGAAACUAAAUUUGAGCUUGAUAGUCCUAAAAGUUCUGUUUAAAAAAGAAGAGAAGCUGGCUCUAGUUAAAAUAAUUGAUUUUAAUUUUUUUAUUUUUAAAAGUUUCUUUUAUAUUGAUUUUUUUUAAUAUUAAUAUUAGUUUAUUAUUGCUAUUAAAUUAAUUCGAAAUAAUU